AAUUCAGAGAGCAGUGAAGACUCCCGGAAAGCUUACCGCAUCAUCACGACGUUUGGAAAGGAAAUAGUUGCAUAAUCAAUAUGAUCGGUCACUCUAUACAACAUGCACAAUAACCAAAGACAUACUAUAGCCUUGCGUUUAUUGUAAUAACGAUCAGAAAGCGGAAAUUAGAUGUCGGCUAAAAGGCAAUUUAUUAAAAAUCUUGUGAAGUUGACCAUCUUCAGAUUCAGUGUUAGAGCAUGCAAUUUGUGUCAUUCCGUUGAUCAGUUGGAGGUAUUGACCGACCUAGUACCGAGUACGAGAUAUCUGGACAAGUCGGGCUGCUGAGAACGUUGAAGAACAGUAUUCACCCCUGACAGUGUUCAGUGAUCUCGUUUGGUUUGAUACUGUGCAUGAUACGUGAACGGUCCUGCAGAUAGUGUGGGGUCAUUGUGCAUUCUGGGGAAAGGCAAAUAUGAAAGGGUUUAUGUUUUCAGCAAAAUUGUUGGCCCUUUUUGUGUAUAUGCGCGAGUUGAACUCAAGACUUUGAGUAUAUGCCUAAGAUCACAUACAUGAUUCGAUAUCGUUAUAGCUGCUGACGAGAUUUUUUUUUAAUUGUUCCAGGACCUUUCAUUUUACAGGACACUACACUUUCUGAACGAUACACUUAAGAAGUAAUCAAGGUCUAAAGAUAAGACAGCAGUAAAGUUGUAACCAUGGUGAUAGAGGAUGUCAAUGUUGGAUUUUAAAUAAGCAGGUUGUAGCGUGUUAAUACAAUUCAUGACAAUGGAAAGUGUGAAUGAUAAUGAGCUUGUUACGGACAUGUCACUUGGGCUCAAUCAGAACAUGAGCACCGCUGACAUGACGAUGUCCUCGUCACAUCUCGUCAUCUUACUCGGUGCGUUCGUACCGCUAUCGCUCUGCAUCGUAAUCGGUAACUUCUUCGUCAUGGCAACAGUGUAUCGUGAGGAUCGCUUGCACACGCCCACAAAUUUCAUCUUAACGAGUCUUGCAUUUGCGGACUUUGUAACAGGAGCUUUGACGAUUCCUUGCGAGUUGUACACUGACGCAGAAACCAAUACGAUGAACUGUUACAAGAUGACGUACAUGCUAGCGCCCUCUUAUUUCAUGAGUGGUGUGUCACUGAUGCAUCAGAUAAUUGUAACUCUGGAUCGUUUGCUGGCUGUGAACUGGCCUCUCAGGUACUGUCAGUUUGUGACCAAACAACGCGUUGCUAUGACGAUAGGAUCUGUUUGGAUUGGUGGCACGUUUCCCGCCACUGCUUUUCUCUACGUGUGGAUCACAAGCAUGGCAGACGAUCACGCGGUAGGACAGUGUGGGGGUGGGGCUUAUUUCAGCACCCCACCCAUCAGAAAAUUCGAGUUAGCCAUGGCCUCGCUUGUCUUCAUAGGUCUGCUCCUGUUAACAUGCUUCAAUCUGUACAUUUGGAGGGUAGCUACUCGGCAAGCGAGUCAAAUCAGGGACCAGUUCCGUGCGAUGAAUGCGGACCAGAAACAGCGGAGACUUGGAAACUUGCAAGCGACAAAAACUGUUCUAGGAAUCGUCGGAACAUUCGUCGUGUCUUGGACUCCCGUCACGAUCUAUUUCAUCAUUUCACAUCAUAUAAAUAGUAUGGAACUGACGUAUGAACAGCUCUUCAUAAUUAAUCAACUCUGUUUCUUCUUCAUUUGUGUGAAUUCUGCAAUUAAUCCAAUCAUAUAUGGAUGGAAGAAUAAGGAGUUUCGCAGAGGCUUGUUGAAGCUGUUUAAAGCAUGGAGACUACCAUGUAUGCGUAUGAUGCAAAAGGAGCAGCCAAAUAGGGCAGAAUCUAUGCGGGUAACAUCUGUCGUUGUUUAAAUGAAAAUGAAAGGAACUGAAUGUGGGUUAAACAUUCAUUUUAGUGAUGACAUGAUAGUUUAAAUUUGAUUCUAUAGAGAAAUCGGUGAUCUGAAUAAAUUUGAAGCUUCAUUCAACGCAUUUUUGAAGAACGGAACAAUACAGAAACAAACAUUUACUUUUCAUAAGAAUGAGCGUGCAUGGUUCAAUAAUGAUGAUUUGAUAAUCCAGUUUUUAGUCGAAUUAUUUUUGUUCAUGUUGUAAGACACUCCAAUCGUAUCAUUUCACUUACCAUACUCUGAAAUAUAUAUCAUUAUAAUAGAAUAUAACAGUACAAUAGCAUAUCAUUAUCAAUGUGAAGUACUAUGGCUAAGUAGUUCAUUCAUUUAGCUUUUAAUCGGAUGAAGGUUGAAGGGUAAAGGUUAUAAUCUCUUAUAAUCUUAUAAUGGGGAAAAGAUGGGUCGUGUUUUAGCCUUUUUCUUGUAAAUACAUUGCAGUAAGAAAACAGUCGCCGGAAAUAUAUUGCGGAGUAAUCAGAUAAAUGUAUAGAGCAAAAAAUGUGAUCAUUAAGUCAACCUACUAUUAUCAACAUCAUUUGCGUAUGAUAUCGGCACCUAAAUGUUGAUGUCCAAAUAUUCAUUCACUAUUAAUAAUAAUGAAAGUAAAUAUACGUUCUUCAGUUUUUUAAAUCAUCUUGGAUUCUGGUAAUAAACUGCCUUUCGAAAGAAAUCUUCUUUCAUUAUAAUUUGAAUUAGUGUCAUGCAGUCAGUAUGUAGAGCAUUGAUGUACUAUUUUUUUAAACACUGUAUUAUUUUUAUGUUAAGUCCGAAUAUGUUAUAACAAUUCAAUAAUGUUUCGUACAACCUGAACGUGUUGAUCACAUUCAUAUGUAAGUGAAUAGGCCUUUUAUUCUACUAAUGUUUUUCUAUUAUAGGCAAGCUCAAUCAAAUUGUUUGGUAAAAAUUUGGAAAAAUUAUUAGAAUUAUACUUGCUUUUACGAAAAUUGAACUCCGUCCCUUAGGUUGGAUAUUUUAUAGAGAUGUUUUCGAUAUGCUUUUAACAUCGCAAUAGGGUCCAAUAAUUUAUAAUGGACAAGCUUAUGAACUGUGGAACUGUACAUGUUUCAUGGCUAAAUACCCGUAGACUGGGUAGAGCCAUUUCGAAAAGUGCUUCCCUUUCUGAUAUUGAUCAGGUUGGGUUACAUAUCAAAUUAGAGAAUGAAAUAAUAGACAGAAGUUGUAAAACAUAGCAGCUAUUGUUGAACCAUUUCAUGUGAAUAAUAUAAAGUUUCUUUGUCAUUGUCCUGAAAAGCAUGUGUGUAGAUAGGCUCUUUUAAGUAAAAAAAAGGGGUCAUCAUCGAAAGAAAAAAAAAUAAUCAAAAUGAUUUGUUGAAAAAGCAUACAAACAUAAAAGGAUUAUCAUACUAAGGAAAAGAAAGGAAAGAUGACUUCACUUUUUCAGAUUCCAGAUAUGUUGAUACUUCAACAGAAUCACCCCCACCCCCUUGCCCUUCCUCCAUCUCAUCGACUUCACGGAACUGUCGGUGUGUUUUGAAAGAGCGCCAUCACCAAUCUCUCACAAUGAUAGACUUUCCCCCCGCUUUUAUUCCCUUUGUACAAUAAUGUUGUUGUUGCUGCUUUGAAACUCAACCCAUGAUGACGCCAUUAAAAAGAUAAAC